AUUGGUAUUUUUAUCAAUGCAAUUUUCUAUUAUCACAAACCGUGAAGUUUUUAUUCGCGAUAUUUGUAGACCAUGACAGACGAGGAACUUCUUUCCUUGAUAGGAAGGAAUCGUUUCUCUCGCCGUGUCCCUCGUCGGACUCUUUGUAGUGAAGGACGUGAUUUUUUUGUUUUGGCCACACAACUUCUGUACCAGAGAUGUCCUCGUCGUUUUCGACGCGUUCACACAAAAUGUUGCUUUUAUAUUCCUGACAUUUUGCACGCUAUGGCCGAGGACGAGCUCGCUGCUUUCAGGGAACGUUGGAAACGUGAACUUUGGCGUCCAAAAGAGGAUCGGCCGGUCGUUCCCGCUGCUUCCCCCAGUUGCAGUCACGAAAACAAAGACGCGAGUCGGGGUCAGAACGAGCUCGAACCCGAAAGGAGUGGUGGCGUUGAGGAGCCCAGCUACGUGUCCAUAGCCAGGGGCUUGCUGGGCGGCAGGACGAGCCCGCUUUUGGGCAGACUCGCGGAGGAGAGGACCAAGAGGAAGAAGAAGUACCAAGAGGAGACCGCCACCUGCAGGGAGUCCCUGAAGCAUCCUCGGAAAAAAGUACAGCAAGAAGAGCAGCUGGUGGAUCAGCUCAUUCUGGACCUGAACGAGGCCAACGACAUCCCCUUCUUUGACAUUGACUUGCCGUAUGAGUUAGCCCUGAAAAUAUUCCAGUAUCUCAACCGCACUGAGCUCGGCAGAUGUGCACAGGUGAGCAAGGCGUGGCGAGCGCUGGCUGAGGACGGGAUGCUGUGGUUCAGGCUGUGCGUGGCGGAGGGCCACGGGCGCGGCGCCGCCGUGUCCGACUCGCCUUGCUGGAAGGCGGCGCUGCGAGACCGCCGCGUUGCGGCGGCCAACGUGCGCGCUAACUGGAAGAAUCGUGUUGGCUGCAUCAGCCAGCUGCAGUUUGAGCUGGGAAAGGUGCUGUGCGACGUCAGCUCCUGUGACAACUACGUCCUGGCAGGGUACUCGUCGGGGGACGUCCGGCUGUGGAACACGUUGCACUGGGACCUGCCGUCAUCCCACCUUAAGUCCAACUGGCUGUCGGCGCUCUCCGAGCCCAGGCCGCCCGUCGCUCUCGUGCAGGUCGCCGGCAGCGUGGCGGCGGCUGCAUACCUUGACGGUUGUGUGGACGUUUGGAGCACCCGGACGGGCGGCGAGCCCAUUUACCACCACCAGACGGCGGGGAGCCACCGUGCUUUGGCCCUCAGCCCGGACGGCUCCAUCCUGGCUUCCGCCGUCGACUCGGACGUCCGACUGGACGGCACCGACGACCGCGGAGCGUGGAGGACGCUGGCCCUGACCCGCCUCCCCAAGCCCGUUCAUAGUUUGGUGUUGGCUCCCGGCAGCAGGGGACGGCGGCGUGCGCUGACCGCAGUGGCAGCCGGGGAGUCGGUCUACCUGCUGGACGAAGUAGAGGAGGAGCCGAGGACGAUGCACUCGGUGUACGGUCACCCUGUCACCUGCCUGGAAGCCUCCGAGCGUCGCGUUGCGUUCGGCGUGAAGCGCGGAGGCUGGGCCAUGCACGAUGCAGGCAACAAGAUCCACGUGUACAGCUUGGAGACCGGGAAGGCGGUGGCGUGUGUCGGCGACUCGCCAGGCGACUUCACGUGCAUUCACCUCGACGAGGGCAACGCGCCACACAUGAUGGUGUGCGGGAACAAAGACAGGAGGGUGCGCGUGUUGGACCUGCGCUCGGGAUCCUGCGUGUCGUCCUUGUACGCGCACCAGCUGGGCGUGACGUCGGUGCGCGCCGACGACUGGAAGGUGGUGAGCGGCGGCGGCGAGGGCCUGGUGUGCGUGUGGGAGCUGAGGAUGGGGAGCAAGCUGUGGGAGAUGCACAACAGGCAUCCCGUCAGACACGUGCGCUCGGACAGCCGUACGCUGCUGACGGCCAACAUCCCCGACGACAAGACGCCGCGGGGGGCGUGCAUCACCGACGACGACCUCACGGCCCACCGCAGGCACCGAGGAACCAUCUGCCACUACGACUUCUCGGGCGGCGGCGGCGAUGAAAGUGGCAUCCUCCCCAUCUGCAGGUCCGACUACGCCCAAUCUCACGGCUACAACUACAACAUCACGCUGGCCAUGCCCUACGACCACCUCAGCUCCUCGUAGUGCCUCCGCUGCUGCUGCUGCUGCUGCUGCUGUUG